GUUGAGGAUGAUGAUACCGUGGCGGGAGGUGUAGUUGGGGAACUUGUGCUCGUAGUCGGCGAUCAUGGCGAAUGUGGUUUGCUAAGGGCCAACUUGAACUUGAAUUGCAACUGCAGCUGCGACUGCAACUGCGACUUGAACUGCUACUAAUAUUGUUGUCGCUGGCCAGACAGGUGGCGCUGUGCUCGGAGGACACAAUGUGCGUCGGCCUUGGACGCAGCCGCGCACGAUCCGCCGCCCGCGCACCCCACCGACGGCCCGAACUGGCCCGGUGGCUGCGACGGGUCUGUUCGCGCAAGGGCACGCGGCGUGCGUGUCGGCGGGCAUGACCACCAACGGGCCUAUCGGAUAUUGCGCGCUGCCGCGGGGACGGCGUGGCUGGCGGUUGUAUGUACUCGCUGCGGCGUGCCGUGCUGGUCUGUUUGCUGGGCUGCGGUUGGUGCUGGGACCGCCAGCUGCCGUCUCGGCUGACAAUGUCCAAGCGAUGAUAUGCAAUGGACGCUCUGCAAUCGAUAAUGGGCGAUGGACGCUCUGCAAUCGAUAAUGGGCGAUUGAUGAUCUGCAAGCGAU